AUGCACUCUCUUUUCCUAUCUGGUUCCGUCGAUGUCAACGACGGCUCUUCAUCGACCUCACACAACAUCGACGCACACAUCACCAACCUUCUCUCGCUCGAUGGUCGGCUCGACCCGGCUCGAUACACGAAACCCCUUCUUGACAGCGAAGUGCGAGCGAUCUUCACCUACGAUACCGAAUACGUCUCGGACUUUCUGAGAUUCGCCCGAAUCAGCUCCGCGCCCCCUCCGUCGGUCUCGUCGUCCUCGCAGGACCAGACGGGCACCGCGCCCAAGUACCCGACCACGGAAGUCUACGCCACCUUCACACUUGAAGAUGACGGCAAUGGAUGGGCGAUCCACUUUGAACACACCGCCGAGCAUCCGCUUCCUAUCGUGAUCUCGGAACUGUGCAUUCCGGGGAGCAAGGCCCAGUGCAGACCCUUGGUUGAAGCAGAUCGAACCGUCGGGAUUAGGUUCGUCGACAUCGCUCAUGGCGGCGGCGCGAGCUGCCCCGUGCUCCAGUUCGGCAAGCACGAGGUGCACCUCCAAGCCGUCGUCGAGGCGCUCUUGACGCUCAUGAUGGACACAAUCGCACGAGAAACGCCUGGCGGGCUCGUCGACCUCAACGGCGCCUCGCUCGUGCACUCUUCCUCGGCGCAGAAGGCUCACAAGAGCGAGACCAAGGGACGUACCGACAACGGAGGCCUCGAACGAGCCCGCUCCGACACGCUCCUCAUGCCCAAGGGGUGCAAUGGCUGGGGGGACGCCUUGGCCAUCCUCGAGUUCAAGCACCGUGCGGCCAGACGCGAUCCCCGGCUCGAUAGCGUCAAGAGGCGCAAAACAACCUCUAGCAGUGGCGCGGCGAGUAGUAGCUCCUCGUCGUCCUAUGCUGCAGGCGAGGACGCAGUGACCAUGUCCGAAGGCGGCGACCAGGAGAUCGGCAGGUUCGACGACGCCAACCGCAGGCGAAAGUCGCACGCUCAGGGCGUCGGCGACCUUGCACAAGUGGCGACCUACAUGCUGGCGGUAAUGAGCUCGCGGCCGGGACUCUUCUCGACGUACAGCAUCUGUAUCAAUCGGACGCACAUGUCGGUGUAUUACUUCGAUCCGGACCAGCUCCACCUUAUCGAUCACUCGCGGCUCGAUGGCGAUGGCCUCGCCCUCAUCAAGGUUGCGAUGCUGCUGCUAGGGCUGUGUGCGGAGCACGUUUCCCGCUACAGUAGCGUGCGCCGUGCGGUGGCUGUCACCCCAGAGAAGACCCUCUAUGUGCAGCUCCCCGACGAAGACUCGACACCCGACAGGGGCUACGACGUCAUCAAGCUUCAGGAGCCCGCCGAGAUGCUAUUUUGGCGCCGAGGUGCGCUGACACAUCGCCUCACACAAGUCAUGAAGGGUGAGAUCGAGCUCGAGGGCCGCGGCGCGCAGACGGCAGUCAUCAAGGUCAGCUUUCUCGUCGACGACGACAGGUUUACCGAGGGCCGAGCCCUUCGCCUCCUUAACGCGCCGCCUGAAUCUGGCUCCAAGGAAGACAACGAGGAGUUCAAGGUGCGGCAGACAGGCUAUCCGCAGCUCGUCACCCACGGCACCCUGCAUUUCAGCAUGAAGGAAUCCGGUCUGCACUCGUUUGAGAACCCUUUCAACGCCGACUCCAAGCGGGGACAUCCCGGCCCAAGCGCUCCGCACAGCCAUGACCUGAGCGUCGAUCAGCGCAACCUGCUCUUCACGCACACGACUGCCGCGGGUCGCAGACCGACCAUGGUCGUGACCGAGCACCGCGAGGCGGUCGACCUUCCGCGCGUCAAGCGGCCCUGGCUGCUCGCGGCCAUCAUCGCUGAUGCCAUCCUCACCCUGCACACGGUCGGUCGUCGUCGCAACGUUGCACACGGUGACAUUUCGAGCGGCAACAUCCAGUUUGUACCGCCUGACCCCUCAGCCAAGUGGGUGCCGACGUCGCAGCUGGUCGCUGAGCGCGUUCCGGGCGUCGGGCUGGAACCGAGCUUCUUCCACCCGACCCACCCGCCGAUCGCCUUGCUCAUCGACUUGUGCGAGGCCUGGAUCGACGGCAAGCAGGGCCAGGGCACGCAGUCGGAACGCAAGGCCUUCUCGGGCACGGAGGCGUUUUGGUCGUUGAAGAUGUACGAGAACCGUCGCAUCCAUCGCGAGACGCUGCAAGGCAGAGAGCUCAACGCCGUCUCGGACGAAGUGGAAGCCGCGGACCUGCGAGCAGAGCUGGCCCAGUUGCAACCGCUGGACGUCAAUGACGACAUCGAGUCGUGCCUGCUCGUUCUCUGCUACGAGCUGGCCAACAGGUUCAAGCUGUCCCAUGCGGGCAAAGGCUCGUUUGCUGUCGCUGUUCCCCUCACACAGUACUGGUCCAGCUUGCCUGCCGACGAGCGGGUGUACAGCUUCGGCGGGCCUCGCGGCCGGCAGUUCUUCAUCAGCACCCACUUCAGAGCUCCGACACAUCACGGCAGCAGCAGCAGCGAGGCAGAAACGCGAUCAAGGCAGCUAACUCUGGCGAGAGAGGCACUGGUCCGCUGCUUUGAUCUGUGCGGCAACGGUGGCAAGGCGGUCGAAAAGGCUGCGCCUGAGCUUGUUCGUAUCUUGCGCCAGCUGUCGAUGGCGUUGUACACGGCCGCUUCCUCAGCCGAGCAGGUACCGAGCCAGCGGGAGGUCGCUGAGUCAGCUCACGGCGGGACAGGAAGCUGA